AUGAUGGCGAUCAUCGGCAUGUUUUUCCAGGACGGCCUGACCGGCUCUGCGUGGGGCGACUGGGCGCUCUACACGGGCUCUCCGCUGCGCGCCUUCGAGAACGAGUUGGGCGUGCAGCCCCCCGCCGGCUUCUGGGACCCGGCGGGGUUCACCGCCGACGGCAGCGCGGCGGACUUCGCCCGCAGGCGCGCCACCGAGAUCAAGCACGGCCGCGUCGCGAUGCUGGCGGCCAUGGGCUACAUCACCCCCCAGCUGAUCGGACCUCAGGGACCUUUCCCGGGCUACCUCUCUCCGAGCACUGGCCUGAAGUACGCGGACAUCCCGAAUGGGCUCGGAGCGCUCUCUAAGGUCCCCUUGGCGGGGUGGGGGCAGAUGUUCCUGUACUGCGCGUACGUAGAGAUCUCGCAGGACCAGACGAUCCCAG